AUGCAAGCAACUCGGGCAUCCACUAUCAGUGUGUUUGCAGACUGCAGCAUCCCGACCGGCCUGCGGAUAGGACCGGUGCAGGGUAUCUUCAAACUAGGGAAAUACGUUACUGAUCGCAAAGAGGUCGUCACCAAGAAAAAGAUUCGGCUGCUGAGGGGGGAAAUCGUGGAUGAAUCAGGUUGCCCUGUGCCAGACUGGAUUGGGUGUAUCCGGGCAGCCAGAAACAGUCAAGAACAGAACUUGGAGGCUGUCUCAGAUCUACCUGGUGGGCAGAUUUUCUAUCGUGUGCUGACGGAGAUCCCAGCAGGCGAGGAGCUGAGUGUGUGGUACUCCAACACUCUGGCCCAGUGGUACGACAUCCCUACCACUGCCACUCCAACACACGACGAGAAAGGUGAAGAACGCUACAUUUGCUGGUACUGCUGGAGAAUAUUUAAAUAUCCCAACACACUCAAGGCCCACGUCCAUUUCCACUGCGCUUUGAGCAACGGGCGGGGCUUUGUGAACAGCGAGCAGGCGAGGAGCACAGACAGCUUCAGCAGGUCACCCAAAUCCGGGGACAUUCCCAACACCUCGGCCUCGCCCAGGAACGGCCACAACACCUCCAUCUCAGACUCUGUCAGACGGACCGUGUCUUCCUCACCCUUCCUCAACAAAGCGGGGGUAGCAAAGAAACCCAGCUCUGAGGAGCAGGACAGAGCACUUGACAUGAGCGUUACCUCAGCCAGAAACCACGGACAUCUCAUGGGCCUUGGCGCAACGUCUUCAAUGUUGAGCAACAUGGGGUUCCACCCAGGCGUGCGCUCUGCAUUCAAGCCCAUGGGCCAAUCCAAGGUCCCCGCGGCUGACGUCUACAGAGAGGAAACUAAUGGGAAGCAUAAUGGACUAGGCUUCAGCAAACUCCUGGGGAACAUGAAAUCGACGCGAGCCUUGAAUGAACCUUUAACCGGAAGCCAUCCCUCCAAGUGCGUCCAUCCAUUAGAUUCCACAUCUCCCGUGGUCCCGUGCGCAAACGCCGUCAGGGGUUUUCCGUUAAUACCUAAUUUCGAGGAGACAUCGGCUUUCAAGCACGUGGAGAGCCGGAUGCACUCUGGACUGUCCCCCUCGCGUUACUCUCAGAUGUCCUCUGGAUUCCAAAUUGAGAGGUUUUCUCUGCCUCAGUUCGAUGGCGUCAAGCCAUAUAAUGGAGAUUGCAAUAUCCCCCUCAUGCCAUUCACCGUGUACAAUGGCGAGCUGCUUUAUAGUUCACCCUACUACCCACUGAAAUUCCAUUUUAGCAAUCUCCUAAAAUACCCGGAGUCUAUGUCCUACUUUGGCGCACCUGCACUCAACCAAGACCUGGGUUCAAUAACCAACAUUGACAGGGAGAUAGCCAUGCACACUCAACAGUUGUCUGAAAUAGCCGUCGAAAAGAACCGAGCCAGGCUCGACUCUAUGCCCACUGCUAACACAGGCUCAGGGAAGCUCAAAAAGGGACACUUAUGUCUUUACUGUGGUAAACUGUACUCUCGGAAAUACGGACUCAAGAUCCACAUGAGAACUCACACAGGGUACAAACCACUGAAGUGCAAAGUUUGUUUUCGGCCCUUCGGUGACCCCAGCAACCUGAAUAAGCACAUCCGUCUGCACGCGGAGGGGAACACUCCGUACAGGUGCGAGUUCUGUGGCAAGGUACUGGUGCGCCGGAGGGAUUUGGAGCGUCAUGUCAAAUCAAGGCACCCUGGACAAACAAUAAAAAAAGCUGAGGACAAAACCGAGGGCAUAUUCGAGGAUCAAGAGCAAAAGAGCGACAAUGACAGCGACGUAGAUGUAUGCUUCACGGAUGAUCAGAGCGACCAAGAAUCCAGUAAAAUAGAUGAUUAA